AUUCCCACCUCCAGAGUCCAAGGGCACAUGUAGCAAGCAGGUUGACCGAUCCUAGGUACUAUAGAGGCACACCUGGUGGGUGGAGGGCAUGGGCUUCGAAGAGCUGCUGCACAAGGUGGGUGGCUUUGGGCCUUUCCAACUGCGGAAUCUGGUGCUGCUGGCCCUGCCCCGAUUCCUGCUCCCGAUGCAUUUUCUCCUGCCCAUCUUCAUGGCUGCUGUGCCUGCCCAUCAUUGUGCCCUGCCUGAUGCCCCAGCCAACCUCAGUCACCAGGACUUGUGGCUGAAAACCCAUCUACCCCGGGAGACUGACGGCAGCUUUAGUUCCUGCCUCCGCUUUGCCUAUCCCCAGGCUCUUCCCAAUGUCACCUUGGGAACAGAGGUGUACAACUCUGGGGAGCCUGAGGGUGAGCCCCUCACAGUGCCCUGCUCCCAGGGCUGGGAGUACGACCGCUCAGAAUUCUCUUCCACCAUUGCAACUGAGUGGGAUCUGGUGUGUCAGCAGAGAGGCCUGAACAAAGUUACAUCCACGUGCUUCUUCAUCGGCGUGCUGCUGGGGGCUGUGGUGUACGGAUACUUGUCUGACAGGUUUGGCCGGCGCCGGCUUCUGCUGGUGGCCUACGUGAGCACCCUGGCGCUGGGCCUGAUGUCUGCAGCCUCGGUCAACUACAUCAUGUUUGUCACCACCCGCAUGCUCACCGGCUCAGCCCUGGCUGGUUUUACCAUCAUUGUACUUCCGUUGGAGUUAGAGUGGCUGGAUGUGGAGCACCGCACUGUGGCUGGGGUCAUCAGCACCACCUUCUGGACAGGAGGGGUGCUGCUGCUGACCCUGGUUGGGUACCUGAUACGGAGCUGGCGGUGGCUUCUGCUAGCUGCCACUCUGCCAUGUGUUCCGGGCAUCAUUAGCAUCUGGUGGGUACCUGAGUCUGCACGAUGGCUUCUAACCCAGGGUCGUGUGGAGGAGGCAAAAAAGUACCUGUCCAUCUGUGCCAAGCUCAAUGGGCGGCCCAUAAGUGAGGACAGCCUGAGCCAGGAGGCUCUGAACAAAGUGAUCACCAUGGAAAGGGUGUCGCAAAGACCCUCGUACUUAGACCUGUUCCGGACAUCGCAGCUCCGACAUGUCUCACUGUGCUGCAUGAUGAUGUGGUUUGGAGUGAACUUUUCUUACUACGGCCUGACUCUGGACGCGUCCGGGCUGGGGCUGACCGUGUACCAGACACAGCUGCUGUUCGGGGCUGUGGAGGUGCCUUCCAAAAUUACGGUCUUCUUCCUUGUGCGUCUCGUGGGACGCCGCCUCACAGAGGCUGGGAUGCUGCUGGCCACUGCUCUGACCUUCGGCAUCAGCCUGCUGGUGUCCUCGGACACCAAGUCUUGGAUCACUGCUCUGGUGGUGAUAGGGAAAGCUUUUUCUGAAGCAGCCUUUACUACAGCCUACCUGUUCACGUCUGAGUUGUACCCUACUGUGCUCAGACAGACAGGAAUGGGAUUCACUGCACUCAUAGGCCGGCUAGGGGCCUCUCUGGCCCCACUGGUGGUCUUGCUGGAUGGAGUGUGGCUGUUACUGCCCAAACUUGCUUAUGGGGGGAUUUCUUUCCUGGCUGCCUGCACUGUACUCCUGCUGCCUGAGACGAAGAAAGCACAGCUGCCAGAGACCAUCCAGGACGUGGAAAGAAAGGGGAGGAAGAUAGACAGAUCCGGGACUGAAUUAGCCUAGGGACAGCUCACCAAGUAGCUGGAAAUAGAAGGCAGGCUCUUGUGACUGGGACAUCAAAUUCCUCUGCCUAAGGAUGGAGCUGCUACUGGUGCUGUCUGCCUGUGUUUAUCCAGUCUCCAAAAACAGGACAACUCCUGCAGCACUGGGCUGUUGGGGAUCCUGGGCACCCCUCUCAUGGUGGCGGUGGGUGGGGGACUUCUGUAAAUAAAGAUAGAUGCUCAUGGGUUGGGGCAGCUGUGGCAUUUGGGGAAGUCAUUGACUUGAUCCUCAGCUCUGAUUCCAGCUGUGCCACAGUG